CAACCCGAAAAUCUUGCGCUCAAGCUGUGCCUUUCCGCCUGGCGUGCGCACGCGCAGUUCACUACACGCUCGGCUUUCUCCUUCACCUCGUCCUAUUGCGCGACUCGCAGUAUCUGCCGAGGCACCAGACUUACAGUCGGACGAUACGGGCACCAUGGCUGUUCCUCCCUCAUACUCGGAUCUGGGCAAGUCUGCCAAAGACAUCUUCAGCAAGGGCUAUGGCUUUGGAGUCGUCAAGCUGGAUCUGAAGACCAAGUCCCAGAGUGGAGUUAUGGAAUUCAACACCUCCGGAUCCAGCAACACGGACACGGGCAAAGCCAGCGGCAGCCUGGAGACCAAGUAUAAGAUGAAGGACCUCGGCCUGAGCUUCAGCCAGAAGUGGAACACGGACAACACCCUGACAACGGAGAUCACCUUGGAGGACCAGCUGGCUCAGGGACUGAAAUUGACGUUCGACACUUCAUUUGUGCCAAACACUGGUAAGAAGAGCGGAAAGCUGAAGACCGGAUACAAGCAUGACUACGUGAACCUGGGCUGUGACAUCGACUUUGACUUUGCGGGGCCCACGGUGCACGCCGCCACCGUCCUGGGCUACGAGGGCUGGCUGGCCGGGUACCAGAUGGCCUUUGACACGGCCAAGUCCAAGCUGGUCCAGAACAACUUUGCGUUGGGCUACAAGGCUGGUGACUUCCAGCUGCACACCAAUGUGAACGACGGGACGGAAUUCGGAGGAUCCGUAUAUCAGAAGGUGAACGACAAGCUGGAAACCGCUGUCACCCUGGCCUGGACAGCUGGAAGCAACAACACACGCUUCGGCAUUGCUGCCAAGUACCAGCUGGACAAAAAAUCCUCCAUUUCUGCCAAAGUUAACAACGCGAGUCUGAUAGGAGUGGGCUAUACGCAGAGCCUGCGGCCAGGCGUGAAACUGACACUGUCCGCGCUGGUCGACGGCAAGAACUUCAGCAGCGGGGGCCACAAGGUGGGGAUGGGCUUCGAGCUGGAGGCGUAGAGGGGAGGAGCACGGAGAUGCCCCCCCCAUCCUCAGCACUCCUCACACUCACCCACACGUUCAGCCUUAAUCCCUCCCAGAAGAAUCCAGUACUCUUUACACUGUCUCUACCGCAGCUGAAGCCCUUGUUUAGACUGUAAUUAAUUUAAGUGUGAUCACAGUUAUGACUUUAGGUCUGCGGGCAUACGGUCGGUAUCGGAGUUCCCCUGCAGGCUGGCGUGCUCCUGGGAUCCAGCCAUGGUGAUUGUUUCCGAUUCUUUCAUGACUCGGCUUCCUUGAUGAUUUUCUGGGAACAUACUCCAUUUUUUUGUGGCCAUAGGUUUUGCAUAUCAUUACUUUCCCGGAAUCUUGUAUCAAGUUCACUUUAAAUCAAGUUUUUUUUUUUUGUGGAACCACUUUUCAUGGUACACCUACAAAGCAAACAGUGAUUUUAUGAAGGCUGUUGUUCUUAAAUAAAUGUACUUUAUUUCUUUUUGUUUGGGUUCCUUGUAAGUUUCUGUAUUUGACCAGACAGGAAUCUACCACUAAAGGCUUCCAAUGCCGUAGGAGCAGUGACGAAGCUCAGGUGAAUACUGCCAAAAAGGUUUCAUGUUCUUAUGAGGUUUUCUUUUCACACAAUAAACAUGUAAUGCACACCGACUGAAAGUGAUCAGCACGUUUUAGAGUGCAAUUACCCGGUGUGUCUGCAGUUAAUUUUCAGGGCUCAGUGAGUCAUUUGAGCCUGUCGCCCGACACCCCUUCGUAUGGUCUGUCUGACGUGGUAGUUUUCGGUCCGAGCUGGAUAAAGAUGUACUAUCUGUGACAUAAAACCCAGCCCAGGAAAGCUGCUUGCUUGUCAAAGGAUUGUCUAUUUCACAUGUUAGCAGCAUCAAAUUAUUUUGUAAGGAAAUCCUGCAGAUAUUACAGGCCUCCAGAACAAAGCUAAGAGGCUUUGGAACUUCCAUUGCUAUGGUUGCAAGUAAUCAUGUUAUGGUCUAUGGGAAUGCUGGGUUUGCAUGUUUUUUUAAUGAUUAGUAUUUUGAUUUGAACUCCACCGCCCUCAGUGACUGUGUUGUGUUGGGAGACAAGGUGACUGUAAGGAAACCUGAAUUAAGAAAUAAAAAUGUUUAAAACCCGAA